ACCCGAGUAGAGGGAAACCCCAACUCCGAACCACAGCGCAGCGCAGGGUUCUCCUCCCGUUCCGCGUCGCCGCCGUCGACGAAGCCGCCGAUCGACCGUGAUCGCAAGCCUUGGCCAUGUCUCAGUUCAACUACUGCCCAUCUGCCGACGACAUCCACGAGGCCGGUAACAAGGCUCCCAUGAACGAUUCCCUCGAAGAUAGCAUCCACGAGGACGCCGGCAACAACGCUCCCAUGAACGAUUCCCUCGACGACACGAAGGCUCUCAUGAAGGCGGCCGUCGCCGGAGACCUCGAUUCCCUCAAAGAUAUUGUACAGAGCCUUACCAAAGGAAGUGGUGACCCAUCGGCGAUUUUUUCUUUCAACAUCGACGGAGUUUCUGUGUUGCACGCCGCGGCAAUGUUUGCCCAACUGGAGGUUAGCAAGUAUUUGGUGGAGGAGCUGAAGGGAGAUGUGAAUGCUCCGGGAUAUGGAGCUGGUGCUGAUGGUAUGACUCCAUUUAUAGUGUCUGCUCGGUCCGGUGAUGUUGCUACUGUUAAGUAUUUUCUUGAUCGUGGUGGCGAUUUAAUGAAAGCAGAUGACAAAGGACGCACCGUUCUUCACCAUGCUGCCGCUAAAGGACACUGCAUGGUAACAAAGUUUCUCCUCUCAGAAGGAGUUCCAGUCGACAUCAACUAUGGUCGUGGAACACCACUCUUUGUGGCUGCUGAAAGUGGGGAGGAUAAGACAUUGGAGAUUUUGUUGGACCACGGCGCAGAUCCUAAUACCAAUGCCCAUUGUUUGGGAAGUCCCUUCUUUAUGGCUCUUACUAAGCAUUCAUUCAAAUGCAUGGAGACACUCGUUAAGGCUGGUGCCGAUGUUAAUUGGAAGACUUUCGGUCUCACUCCUUUGGGGUUUGCUACGGCGCGAGGAGGUUAUACCAACUUCAUUCGGUUCCUCUUGGAUGUUGGAGCAGAUGCUAAUAUUUCUGAUGAUUUGGGUUGGUUGCCAGUACAGCUUGCUGCGGCACGUGAUUGCAAUGAAGAGGUUGAAAUGUUGUUUCCUUUGACUUCCCCAAUUCCAAAUGUCCCAAACUGGACUAUUGAGGGUGUAAUUUCUCAUGCAAAGAUUGAAGCCAAAAAGCCACUGGACCAAAAGGCUUGCCAAAGAAGAAAAAGUUUCUUAAAGUUAGAAGCUGAUAUAGCAUUCAAGCAGAAGGACUAUAAGCUGGCAUCAGAGUUGUAUGACAUGGCAAUAAGUCAUGGAGAAAGUGCAGCACUGUACGCGAACAGGAGUCUUACUAAACUGCUAAUGGGUGAUGGUGAAGGUGCUUUGUCAGAUGCUCUCUGGUGUAGAGUGUUGCGACCUCAUUGGGCAAAAGCUUUCUAUCGUGAAGGUGCAGCUCUCAUGCUACUCGAGGAGUAUGAACAAGCCUAUGAUGCUCUGUUGGAUGCACAAAACUUGGAUCCUGAGAGUGCUGAGAUUGAACGUGAACUACGGAAAGCUAGGGAACUCAUGAAGAAUAUUCCUGGAGAACGUGAGCAUGUGUGAGCAUUGAGGCGUGCGCAUCGGACGUAGGCCACAACAUGUGCCCGUUUUUACCAAAUUGGAGUUAGCAGGAACUUAUGUUUUAUUAGAAAAGAAACUUUUAAAUGUAUCGUGAAUCAUGCAUCUUCGGACUGCUAAGUUGAUUUUGUAUGAGAUUUUCUUGUUUGACCCAUGGAUAUUAGUGGCCACGGCCAUAUCCAGUCCUUACCUUUUGAAUGAGUACUUGUGAAAUUCUCAAUA